CUCUAAUCAUCUUGAAACUUAUCGACAGCGAUCUAACCUAGCUAUAUCAUGUCGACGUUUUUACCUAUUCCUGCUGCCGACUAUAUUCUCAUCGAUAGAACUAUCUAAAUACAGUGCAGGGUGUUUGAUCCCGCUGACUUUGCAAUUCAUUAAGCACCGCUCUCUGGCCAAAAAUGUGCGCUGCUUAACAGUCGGAGAGCCCAACGAGGGGCGCUGGAUUGGUUGCAUGGUACGAAAGACCUUGGAAGACAUAACAGAAGAAAUCAGCCACUCUACAAGCGAAGGGGCUCAAUGGAUAACUUAGUUAGAAGGGGACCAAAAGAUAGAUUAUUGGAUGCCGUUACUUCUAUACCCUCUUCCAAAUCUAGAAGAACUAGAUUAUUACAGGAUAGGAAAGGCUAGACAUCCAGUCGAUCUGAUGCUACAGCGUAUGGAUGCUGGAGACAAGCCGUUUGACCACAGACCGGGCUUGUCACAUCUACACCGGGCCCAUAUCAGGAUGUCCCAGUCGACUAUGGGGGGUAUUUCAAUAGAACAAAUAAGGCCACUCUACCAGCUACCAUCAAUGAAAGUCUUAAAGGCACAGACGUUUACCGGUAACUUCGUGCAGGACAACCAAAUACCAGAGAAGAAGCUCCAUGGUUGAACACCUUGAGAUAGUCCAAAGCCGUAUGCCCAAUGGUUGUCGUGAUCUCAUUGCGCCCUGCAAAAACCUCAAGUCAUUCAAAUAUUCGCAUCACGACAGUUCUAGAUUGGAUAUUGCAGCUUUCAGCCAGGCCCUUGGCGCAAGGAAAGACACGUUGGUAGGACUCUCGGUGGACCACUUCUGGGGAGAUUCUUCUGCCACGGUUGAUAAUCAGAACUUUGGGUCGCUGAGAGACUAUACAGCGUUGAAGCGUCUUCGACUAAGUAUGGAUAGCCUUGUUGGUGGUAUGCUGGGGGCUCCUUUGGUUGAUAUUUUACCGUCGUGCCUUGAAUAUCUUUGCAUAGCUGAUAUGGACAGGGAGAAGGGUAACCACAAGAUAUUAGUGGCAGAGUUGUGCUGUUUGGUCAAGGCAUCGGAUGUCGCAUUCCCUCAAUUCAAACAACUGGAUAUUGAAGGGAAUGUUCAGGACCCUAUGUUGCCACCUCAAGACAAAAGUGAACGCAUGAAGAUAUAUCCAGAGCCUUCAUCACUGCUGGGAUCUUGGAUAUACGAAAUCACAAAGGGAUUGUGUACAAUUUGUCUUGACAACGGAGGUUCAUUUACAUUUCAUGAUGCUUGAUUUGAAAGACAGGUAAAUAACUUGCCAGAUGUGUAUACGGAAAUGUUUCCUGAUGUGAGAUAUCAAUAUAACUAUGUCCUUUGAAAGGCACCUUCGUUAUCAGAUAUG